AUGUCUUUCCGUAACUCAUCUAGAAUGGCCAUGAAGGCCCUCCGUACUAUCGGAAGCCGUCGUCUGGCUACUCGCAACAUCUCUGUUAUGUCCCGUAACAUUGCUGCCUCUACCACCCGUUUUGCACCUCGCAUGACUGCCCCUAUGGUUCAAACCCGUGGUAUGCGUGUUAUGGAUUUUGCUGGCACUAAGGAAAACGUCUGGGAGCGUAAUGACUGGCCUCGUGAAAAAUUGGUCGACUACUUCAAGAACGACACCCUUGCAAUCAUCGGUUACGGUUCUCAAGGACACGGUCAAGGUUUGAACGCCCGUGACCAAGGCUUAAAUGUUGUGGUUGGUGUUCGUAAGGAUGGUGCUUCUUGGAAGCAAGCCAUCGAGGACGGUUGGGUUCCUGGUAAGACUUUGUUCCCCGUCGAAGAAGCUAUUUCCAAGGGUACUAUCAUCAUGAACCUUUUGUCUGAUGCCGCCCAAACGGAAACCUGGCCCAAGAUUGCCCCUCACAUCACCAAGGGCAAGACUUUGUACUUCUCUCACGGUUUCUCCGUCAUCUUCAAGGACCAAACAAACAUCCACCCUCCCAAGGAUGUUGAUGUUAUCCUUGUCGCCCCCAAGGGAUCUGGCCGUACCGUCCGUACCCUCUUCAAGGAAGGUCGUGGUAUCAACUCUUCCUUCGCCGUUUACCAGGAUGUCACUGGUAAGGCUCAAGAAAAGGCCAUUGGUUUGGCCGUUGCCGUUGGUUCUGGCUUCAUCUACCAAACUACCUUCAAGAAGGAAGUCGUUUCCGAUUUGGUCGGUGAACGCGGUUGCCUUAUGGGUGGUAUCAACGGUCUCUUCUUGGCUCAAUACCAAGUUUUGCGUGAACGUGGUCACUCUCCUGCCGAAGCCUUCAACGAGACCGUUGAAGAGGCUACCCAAUCUCUUUACCCCUUGAUUGGUAAGUACGGUCUUGACUACAUGUUCGCUGCCUGCUCCACCACUGCUCGUCGUGGUGCCAUCGACUGGACCAGCCGCUUCCGUGACGCCAACAAGCAGGUUCUUAACGAUUUGUAUGACAAUGUCGAGAACGGUAACGAAGCUAAGCGUUCUUUGGCUUACAACUCUGCUCCCAACUACCGUGAACUUUACGACAAGGAGCUUGAAGAAAUCCGCAACUUGGAAAUCUGGAGAGCUGGUGAGACCGUUCGUUCUCUCCGUCCUGAAGUCAACAAGCAUUAA